AUGUUGUUUCCAAAGUUUGUUGAAGAGGAAGAUAUAUUUGUAUCAGCUAAGCAAGUAAGACAGUCUGUAAGGGAUGUGUUUCUUGAAGACAUUAGUGAUUUGCCGCCAGAGCGCGAGGUUGAGUUUGCUAUAGAUUUGGUACCAGGUAUGAGUCCGAUGGCAAUGGCUCCUUAUCGAAUGUCGGCUUCAGAUUUGAGUGAGCUGAAGAAGCAAGUAGAGGAUUUGAUUGAAGAGAAUUUUAAUGUUUCGCCAUGGGGUGCGCCAGUGUUGUUAGUCAGGAAGAAAGAUGGCUUUUCUAAGUUGGCCUUGCCGUUAACUCAACUAACUAGGAAGGGCCAUGCGUAUUUGUGGGAUGUGAAAUAUGCAAAGACUUUUCAAGAGCUUAAGAAGAGGUUGACGUCGGCUCCAAUGUUGAUUCUGCCAAGUCCAAGUGAAUCUUUUGUCGUGUCUUUUGAUGCUUCUAAGAUGGGUCUGGGUGGUGUGUUGAUGCAGAAUGGACAAGUUGUGGCUUAUGCUUCGAGAAAACUUGGAGUUCAUGAAAAUAAUUGUCUUACACAUAAUUUAGAGAUGGUUUUCAUCAUAAUCGAUGAGAAUGGUAUGAUCAGAUUCAGAGAUAGGAUUUGUGUUCCUGAUGUGCCUGAACUUAAGAAGAGUAUUCUUGAGGAAGGACACCGAAGUGGUCUAAGCAUUCAUCUUGGUGCUACGAAGAUGUAUCAAGAUUUGAAGAAGAUCUUUGAGUGGUCUGGAAUGAAAAAAGGAGGUUGCUAG